GCGAGAAGGACGGUAGAGUCCGCAAUCCGAACGACUGUAAUCAGUACGUCGUCUGCGAGCGCACGGGAACGCCGUACGCGCGCAUGUACGUCAGGACGUGUCCCAAGAUGGUCCCCGUCGGCAGACUGGUGUUCGACAACGAAUGGAAGAGCAUUUCUCGUUAAGAAGGCGAGAAGGCUGCUGCCGGAGCUACGAGAGAGCGACGACGACGAUGGCGAUGACGGAGCGGGAAGUCAGCUAUCGCCAACGCCGGCGUCGUCGCUGUCGACGCCGGCGACAGUGCGGUCGCGGAUACACAGGGACGUGGCGACGCCGUGCUACGAGGGAAUAUGUGUGAGAGUCGACAGCAAUGCCUUCCUGAUCAGCGACGGCCGCAGCAAGAAGAAGACGAACCGCCAGCAGGUGGCGCUCGUCGACAUCGCAGCCGACAACCGCCAGGCGGCGCGCUACGCGUGCGCCGAGUGCGGCAAGCACUAUGCAACGUCGUCGAACCUCAGCCGCCAUCGACAGACGCACCGGCAGAUCGAUAGCAACCAGGCGAAGAAAUGUGCGAAGUGCGGAAAGACCUACGUCAGUAUGCCUGCGCUCUCCAUGCACCUUCUCACGCACGAACUCGACCACCAAUGCGACGUCUGCGGCAAGCGCUUCAGUCGGCCGUGGUUGCUGCAGGGACACCGACGCAGCCACACUGGCGAGAAACCGUACGCGUGCUCGCACUGCGGCAAGUCGUUCGCCGACCGCUCGAACCUGCGCGCGCACAUGCAGACGCAUUCGUCGCACAAGACGUACGCGUGCAAGCGCUGCAGUAAGCAGUUUGCGCUAAAGUCUUACCUGAGCAAGCACUACGAGUCAGCCUGCUUCAAGGAAUAGUAGUAGUAGUGGUGGUAGUAACCUCCGCCCGUGGUGGCGGUGGUGCGUAACUUCCGCAUCCGGAGCGGUGCGCGCGAUGCUGCCAUGGCAACCGCGGCGAACAAAGAUGGCGUCGCUAGUGAUUAGAAUAUUUUGUCGCGCUUACAUUCAUUCUGCGUUUAGGAUAAGGUCAUA